AUGAAGGUGCGCAGGCCCCGCCCCUCUCCCUCCCCCUCCUGCGAGCGAGGCAGCGGCGGCCCCGCCCCCUGGCGCCCGGGCGAAGCAAGCUGGGCUGCGCGCGCGCCCCCGACGCCCAGAAAGAGAGACGGGGUGCCGAGCGGGGCGGGCAGGACGGAGCAGGCGCGCACGCGCCACCGCCGUCGGACCCAGGUGAGGACUACGGGGUGGUAUUGUGUGGCCCCUCCCUCUGGGGACCCCCUUCCCCCAAAUGCAGCUGGGGGGGAGCAGCGACGCCCCCCGGCCAGUUGCCUUCGGUCUAUCGCAUCUCCCAAAAUCUCCUCACGAGGAGGGGGCGCCCCCUCCCCCAAGAAAGGUGCUUCGCACGGAGGAGGAGUCGGGUCUCUUUCUCUUUCUUGCCCCCCCGGAUCCUUUUCCAUCUCCGGGACCAGCCGCUGCCCCUCCUCCCCAAGAAGACAGCCAAAGUCUCCCCCUUGUGCGAGCGAAAGACAAGCCUCUUCCUUGGGGCAGUCUCCCCCCCCCCCCCAGCAAAUCACUUCCGAUCGCCUCCCGACUUUCCUGGGCACCUGUGAGCCCCCCGCCUGCCCCCCCCCCGCGUCCUCUUCGGUCUCCUCGUUUGCUUUUCCGCCUUUCCUUUCCUCAGUUCUGCGGGAUGAGCCCCCCAACUCUUCUCCCGCUUCGCAGCCUCUUCCCACCCCCCCUUGCAUUUUCUUCCUUGGGGUCUAUAUGUGUGCAGGCGGCACUUUCCCAAGGGGAGGGCUGUGUCCCCAGAUUCCUCCUGACACGGAGCCUCCCCCCUCCCCUCCUUUCCUGCCUGGCAACCGCCCCUUCUGCUUUGUGUGCCCCCUACCCUUGCUCUGCUUUUUUGUGUCCCGUCGCCUCUGUCAGGCGCCUCUGCAACAGCUUGGGGAGAAGGCGGCAGAGGAGAACCUGCCUGCCUGCCUGCGAAACCCUCCAGCCGUGCAAAGAGGUCGGGGGUCAGGGCCUGCUUUGCUUUCUUUGCAGGAAGAAGAGCAUGGAAGGAUGGGAUGGGAUGGCAUGCGGGUGGGUGGGUGGAAGAGCCCUCCAGGCAAGCUUGAAAGAAGGAAAGGGAGCCUCCUAUUUAAGGUCUAAAACUCCCUGGAGUGAUUUUUACUUCCUUCCUCCCUCCCUCCCCUUCCCUUGUUUUUGCUGCGUGUAAUGGGCUCUCCCUUUUUAGCGUCCAAUAAGCCGGACCCUUUUGAUGGGAUUAAAGGCCAAAGCUGACAGAGGAAAAAUAGCAACAGGGGCUGGAGCCAGGUCGAGUUCCUUGUUCUUCACCCAUUUCCCAGACCCAUUUCUCCCCCUCAUUAGUUAGCUGCCAGGAGGACAGAGCAGGAUCCUUAUCAGCCAGGCAGCUUGGCUUGGCUUGUUCCAAAAUUGGGUUGCUCUGACUAAAAACAAACACAAAUCCGCUUCAUCUUGAUCAUGCCUACCCUAAAAAAAAAAUCACAUUAUGCUAUUUCCAGAGUUUCUUCCUUCUGCAUAGCUAAAUCAUAGUAUUUAAACCUCAUUAAAGCCCCAUGGGAUAAUUAAGUGAUUCUGACAUCCGUAAUUUGUCUUACUGCAUUUGAGAUGAUUAUGUUUAGUUGAGUUAUGCUAUUGUCAUUGUUUGUCCUCUCUCUCCUUCAGAGAUUAUUCAUUUAUUUCCUACAUAGAGUGUAUGUCUCAGGGAGGGCAGACUGGAGGAAACUGCUGUGCACUUGUAAACUGGGAAGGGGUGCAAAUGGGAAGUCAGCAUCCCUUCCCUUCAUGUAAUGUACAUGAGGGGAUUAUUGGGCUUCUGUGCAUCUUCCAGAGCAAAGGCCAGGGGCUGGCUAGUUGGAGGGAUCUAAUUUUUGACUUGUGGUAUUAUAAAAGAAAUUAAUUUGGGGAAGGGGGUAGUCCCUUAUUGUGGUAUGUCCUGUGCUGAUAGUAUGGUUGUAAAAUGAAUCUGGGUCUAUUUUUUAUUAUUCAGACAAAGUGUUUAAUAAAAAGUUUUGGCAGUGUGGUGUAGUUGGAGAGUGGUCAUGUGAAUGGAAAGACUUCUUCAGCUUUGGACACAUUUGAAUCAAUAUUCAUUUCUCAUUUAAAAGCAACUUAGUUGACAGAUUAAUGAUGUUAUUACUUUUGUAGGUUUUUUUGAUAAGGGAUAUUGUAGGAUUGUGUUUUUUACUUGAAACAGUAAUAGUGUGACUAAAUGAUGAACACUUUAGACAUCCUAUUUCGUUGAAACAAGUGAAUGUAAGAUAUGAUAUUGAAAUGGUUUGAUGUGUGUUUUAAAUUGUGUUUGUUAUGUCUUGCUUAGCUUAUUGUGUUAGUGAUGUGUUGUGUAUUGUGUAUACAUUGUAUUCUAUUGUUUUUUUUCAUCUUUUUUCAUCUUUUUUCUUCCCUUUCCCUUCUUUUUUUUCCUUUUUGUAAUCUUUAAAAGUAAUAAAUAUUAUUUUUUAAAAAAUAGACAUCCUAUUUCAGCUGAACUUCUUUCAAGACAGAUGCUUUGAAUUAGGGCAGCCUUUGCUAACCUGGUCUGCUGAAGGUGUUUUGGACUACAAUUCCCAUCAGCCCCAGCCAGCAUGGCCCUAUGAUGAGGUUGUCAAGAGUUUCAGUCCGAAACAUUGGAAGGGCACCAGGUUGGCAAAUUAGGGUCUCCUUUGUGGCAUUAAGCUUAGUGCUAGUUACACAGGCAUCCACAAUGGUGUGUGUUCUGCCUGUAACCUGAAAGUUGAAAGAUAAAGUUGACUCCAAAGGGAGCAUGAGCUUGAUUCUAUUGAUGGCACAGUUAAUUUGGUUCUGAGGCACCUGACAGUCAAAUCAUUUCUCAGCUGUGGAUUCACUGAAUCUCUGUCAUUUCUUAGCAGUUCUCUAGACACUGUUGAUAGACUGUACUGCAUCAGACAUCUGGUGUUACUGAAUAUUUGAAAUACUGGUUUUUUUGUAUCUGAUAUGAUAUUAUGGAAGAGUGCUGGGAUAGUCGAAACUUCUUAGUUUAAUGCCCCAGUGUUAAGCACAUUGACCUGGAAGAAAAUCCUACUGAAAUUAAUAGAAUUUACUUCACAACUGUGAAACAGGAAUGUUAAUGACAUGUCUCUCAUAGCAGUUAGGAAAACAAAUAUAAGCAUUUAAAGCCCAUUUAGCACUGUGAUUCUUGCAUUGCAGGGGGUUGGACUAGAUGACCAUUUGGGUCCCUUCCAAUCCUACAGUUCUAUGAUUUCAACCUGAGGAGCCCAGCUCUGUUUCUGCUGGCUGCAUCUGUGCAAAAUGUGUUUUGCUUUGUGGCAGCUACAGCAGCAUCCUUUGCUUAGCAAAUGGAUAGAUAGCCUCCAUGUGUCAGCAGCCUCAGCCUCCUGCCUGCUCUGCCCUGUCAGAAAAUGUGCCCUCAAGGACUAGGGUGGGCUCCUUGUGCUGGCAUUGGAGAUUCUAGUUCCCAUUCCUCUGAGAACUGCCUAUGGGUCAUGUCAUCUUUGACUGUGGAAGUGUUGUACCCCAUAGAUUUGUAGAGUUGAAGGGGGGGGGAAUAAUGAAUAGGAUAUGUUUUGAUAUUUUGUUAUAUUGAAAUUGCUAAAAAAAAGGAAAAAAAGAAUUGUAGAGUUGGAAGGGACCCCAAGAGUUAUCCAGUCAACCUUCUGCAAUGCAGGAAUCUUUUGCCCAAUGUGGGCCUUGAACCUACGACCCUGAGUUUUCAUGCUGUACUGACUUGAAUUAACACAGGCUAUAUGAUGCUCCAUUGCAUUUGUUGUAUUAGAACUGUCAAAUAGUUUUCUUCUAGUUUCUCUAUUCAAUUUUCAGUGCAAACAGGUACAUACAUACCAGUACUUAUAUUCAGAUUGGGGAGGGAGAUGAGAGAUUCAUAAAGAAAUGCAAACCUAAAAGAAAGAAAUGAGAAAAAAACUGUAAUGUGAGAAAAGAUCACAUAGGGAUAAAAGGAAACUCAGCAAGUAUAUUCAAUCUGCCCUUUAAGCAAUGUGGCACAUGUUCUGGUUUUGAGCAUUGUUAACCAAAACAUGCAUAAUGUGUCUUGUCUAAGACGGCAAGCUAACCUUGUGUAAUGGCAGUGUCUGCAUUUAUAAAAGAAUAUACCAACGACCCUCUCAUAACAUACCAAUGUCGCUAUAUACAGCAAUAUAAAAACAUUUAAAAAUACAUUAAAAGCACUACCAAGUAAUCAUUAAAAUGACCAGCUACUGGGUAUCCUGCAAAUGUUCUGGUUUUGCGGGUUAAACAUUUUCCUCAGAUUGUCAAAUCUGCCUUUAUGUCCCUAUUUGCAUGACAUGCUCAGUUUGCAGAGGCAAACCAUCUCUGCAAAUCCCAUUGGGGAGUGUGCCUGUUGUGUGAUAAACUGAGCAAUUUAAUCUGGAAGGACAGGUGCUUUCCUGACGUCUGGCUUGAAGAAAGUUUUGUAUUUUCCGUGUUUAAAGUAGGAUUAGGACAAGUCUUUGACAGAUGGCAGGAUGCAGACUUAAUCAGUGUACCACAUGGUAUCCAGUUCAUAAUCUUUCAAGUUUGAUCUCUCAACCUCAGUGUCUCUAAUGAUGAUUUAAUGUGUGAAUGAUCUUGAGUAUCUCUCUCUUCCAGGUACUUUGGAUCAUACAAUUCUGUUCAAAUUAAUCUGGCGAGUGCAAUCAUUAAGUGAAGUUGGCAUCGCUAUUCAGGGAUUGCAACAUAUGGUGACAAUUAUGAGAAAAUUUCAUUGCGAGAAAAAGGGUAGCUAAUGUUUCUAUGGCAAUGAUCCAUUACUCUCAGCAGCUGUAGGCAGCACUCUUUUAAAAAGUCACGUGUACAGGCCUGAACCAAAAAGUUUUUGUCCCCCAAGCAGCUGCACCAUAAUUCAAAAGGUGCCCCUCAGAGUCUCUUGCAGCAUGAUACGUACUACCUGAGCUGUGUGCAGAUAUUAUUUCCUAAAUGCCUAAAGCAAAGUGGUGAAGAAUAAAUAUGACAUAGGGUGGACAAAUCACAAGAAUGUGCCUGUGGACUUAAACCAUUCUAAGUAACCAAAUGCAUGAGGAAAAGAGAGGAAGUGGAAGGAAGGGAAGUCUGGAGCAGAGGAGACACAUUGGCUGUGCAAUCUGAUGCAUAUUCUCACAGAAGUAAGUCCCAGUGAACUUACUCCCACGUAAAUGUAGUUAGGGUUGCAGCCUCAGUUAAAAUAUUAGUGAAUGAAGAGAAUACCUAGGAAAAUAGAGACAAGACUACAAGAGUUCCUGGUUUGUUCUUGACCCCUGCAGCUGCUUAAUUGAGGGCCCUCAUUGGAAUAAUAAUAAUAAUUUAUUAUUUAUACCUCACCCAUUUUUUGCAUUACAGAGCAGGCCUUUAGGCUAAGAGGAUGUCCAGCACUGUUUCUCUGGCAUUCUGGGUCAUACCAGUAGGUAGUGCAUUUGAAAUAUCACAACACAUCAAGUUGAUCAAAAUACAAAUUAAAUAAUGUGAGUGUGAGAAUAGAGUGAAAAAAGUUAACUUUACAGUUGAUAAAUGUGACGUAUCAGACAGCUGGUGCAACCCAUGAUAAUAUCACAAAUGAUCCUUGCUUAUAGAGCGACAAUUUUUCUUGGCUCUUUUCAACAUAUUAAAUGAAUGCAACCCCCUGUUCUAUAGGGGUUGAUCAUGACAAAAAAUGGAGCUGCUAGUGAGGAGAUCUUCCCUACCUGGCUGGAAUUGCUGUUUUGUGUUACUGCCAACUUCUUCUAAAGUUAAUUGGUUAUUGGCAGAUGAGUGAUAUUUUCAUGAUAAGGCUAUUUCAGUUGCUUUAACAACUUCAUUCACACAAUAUCACUAGUGCAUCCAGCCACAACCUCAUAUCCUCCAGAUGUUUUGGACUCCUGGCGCAGCAGUUGUGACUGGAGUUGAUGGGAGUUGUAUUCCAAAACAUCUGGACUAGGUUGUGGGUGGAUGCACUAUCAAACAAUGGUAGCCUGGCUGUAUUAAUUAAAAUAUGGUUUCUAAAUCUUACAUGCCUGGACAGCUUGAUUUGGCAGAAGAUUUUUUUAAAACUGGACACUGCAUUUUGUGAUGCACAAAUAAGUUUCCCCCUGACUUUUCAAACCACCCUGAUUGUUUUUGCCACUUAAUGUGCAUCUUGAUCCCCCUAACUGCUCUAGAGCAUCUGUUGUCUUAUAUAUAAGUUUUCAUUUCUCUGUGAAGAACCAUGCACUGAUUUUGCCACAAAAAUAGUAAUUUGCUCACCAGGGUGGUGUUAAAUCACCUGUUAAACUGAACAGGCAAAGAAUAGUGACCCACGUAUAAAUGCAUAGGAAAGACACGCCAGUUUUUCUAGUCAAACCAGUUAGGGAGUUUGCAAUUAUCCAGGGUAUGGUAAUUUUAGAAAACCUCUUGUAUCAAUGGUGUGCCAACUCCAGCCUCCAAUUGUAUGGUGGUAGCACCAUGGAAACUGACUGUAUCAAGGGGAAGACAUUGUUGACUUUGGUUGGGAAUGUGACAAAUGGGGUGAAUCCCCUGGCUCUGUAGUGUGUAUUGUCAUAACAAACAAGUUACAAGUUAAGCUACUGUAUUUGGGAUGCUUUUUAGAAGCAUCUUCAGUUCUGGUUUAUGACAGAAAGAAAUAGGAGAUGCAUACCAUAUGUCACUUAUCCCAGUGCUUUUUGCUUUCCUGUGAGUAACUAGCCAGGCUAGGUAGAACUUUGACCUGAUCCAGCAAGGCAGCUCUUAUAUCUUCAGAGUGCCUGCAAAAAACGGAGAGGAAAAAACGGGGCCUGAACAGACCCUGUCCCAGGACACUUACAAUCUAAAGUUUGACAGUGGAUGUAUAUUAGAAGAAAAAUAAUGUAUUAGUUUUGGAUCUAAACUUGGGCACAUUUGCGUUGAUUUCUUUUUAGUAGAUCAGUGUUCUUAGAGGUGCUUUUUGCUGAUUUGCAGCUUUUAACUUUUAUACUUUAAGGUGGUCCAAAGUAUAUUGCUCUCCCAGCUAUAUGCAUCUUCCUCCACAGGCCAAUCCCCAUUGGAGCAUAGAAUCCCUUAUUGUCAAAAGAGCUGGUCUUGCAAUCCUGCUUCCACUCUGAAAUGGCCUUUAAGAGGCUGUGUCAGUUUCCUUGACUGGUGCUUUCUUGUUCUAUGUUUUCUUCAAGGGUGCAAUUUAUAAAUGGCUGAAAACUGAAAAUGGCUGUGUUUGUCAGAUUAGGUACUUAGGUAGUCUUGUCUCUUUAUUUUUUUUUAUCUUGAGUUGAUAAACAUCAUUGUUCAUGUGAAAUGUAUUUAUAGUGCCUACAAGUCUCCUUUGGAUAGGGCGUAAUGUAAUGUAAUGUAAUGUAAUGUAAUGUAAUGUAAUGUAAUGUAAUGAUUGUACUAGAGUCUUUUCCUUUCCAAACAGAUUCGUUCCAGCGGUGUUUUGCUCACCCCCUCCCAGACCACGUCUAAUUUGAGGGGAGCAGCCUCAAGAGUUUGCAUCACUGUUUAUUUCUUAUAGGCCUUUAUGCCAGUCAGUCGUUUUUGAUCAGUGUGGCAUGAAAAGUAUAAUUGAGGUGCAUGGUUUUAGAAGUCACUUAUGCUGUGCAAAAAAAAAAAAAAAAGUUCUCUUUCUCCAUGAAGACAACUAGUGAAAUUAAGAUUUAAACUGUGAAAAGAGCUCAUCUUUAACUUGCCAUCUAGAGAUGUAUAACAGAAGGUGUGUAAAAUAAUAUUUAUAUGUGUUACAAGUGAAUUAGGUUACAAUUGAGUAGGUUAUUAUCCAUCUCUGUUCUGCGUUGGUUGACCCUCUACCGGAUUCUGUUGGGUGCGGAUGUGUGCUUUUGGCUUUCUGCUUAAUUGUGAAAUAAUGAAGCUACUGUCAGGAGAACAAAGCUCUGCUUUGCAGCCUAUGAGAUGCUUCAGAAGGAUCUGAGGGGAAUAGGCACUUGGUGGAGUAUCUAGCCCAAGGUCAAUCUGUCGUAUGCUGUGGUUAGGAGAUAAUGUUGCUUGUUUAGGCAUGCAACUGCCAGAGGUUCACAGGGAUUAUGUUCAUCUUGAUCUUUCGCAUAGCCUUUACUUUGGCACUAUUUUUACUUCAUUUUAUUUACAUAGUGCUUGGAGCAGUCAUUAGGGGAUUUGGAGCUUGGUGUCAUCAGUGUGCUGCAGAUACUAAGCUCUGUUUCUCUGUUAUAUCUGAGUCAGGUGUGCCUGGGCUAGUUCUGAAUCAGUGUCUGGGCACAAUGGUGGGUUGGAUAAAGGUCAACAAACUGCAGUUGAAUCCUGGCAAUGCAGAGACCGUGGGGAGGAUGGUUCCUGGUCCAGUAAUCAAGCAAAUUACUUGUUCUGGAUGGGUUUGCACUCCCUCUGAAGGAAGAGAUGUGUGGCUUGAGAGGGUGUUCAAGUCGCCGCAGUGGCUCGGAGCACCUUGUACAGUCAUACCUCAGGUUAAAGUCGCUUCAGGUUGAGCGUUUUCAGGUUACGCUCCACGGUGACCUGGAAGUAACGGAACAGGUUACUUCCGGGUUUCACUGCUUGUGCAUGCACAGAUGCUCAAAAUGACGUCAUGUGCAUGCGCGGAAGCGGCGAAUCGCAACAGCGCAGACGCGGGUUGUGUUCUGCUCUGGAUGUGAACGGGGCUCCGGAACGGAUCCCGUUCGCAUCCAAAGGUACCACUGUACUGCUGUGGCUGGUAUAGCUCUUUCUUGAUGGGAUAACUUUGCUACAAUGAUCCAAGCAUUGUAACCUCAAGAUCUAGUAAUUGUAAUGGAGUCUGUAUGGGGCGGCCCUUAUGGGUGUUUGGAAGUUGCCGUUAGUGCAGAAUGCAGUGGUUAAGUUGCAGAGUGGAGCUGCUGACUGAGGGCAUAUCACAAAAAAUUGAAAAAAUUGGCACUGGCUACCCAUUUGCUACCAGCAGCCAGGCGUAAGCUUUGGAUACUGACUUAUAACCUGAUCCAGAGGUUGGAAACCUUAUUGAAGGAUGAGCCGGUUGACGCUCAAUCCGUUGGAGGAUGGGCCGGAGCGUGUGCGCAUGUGCUCUCUUCCGGGUUUGAGAAGUGCUUGUGCUUGUGCACACACGCUAUUUCUGGUGCUCUGACCCAGAAGUGCACCGGAAACAGCGUAUGCACACAGGCGCUGCUCUGACCUGGAAGAGUGCGCGUGCGCACACGCUAUUUCUAGGGCACAUCUGGGUCGGAGAAGCACCUGUGCACAUGCGUACAGGCACCAUCAACCUUGAAGUCGGUCCCUGCACCGUGCUAGUAAGAGCGGGUGGGGGCAGGAGCGGCAGGGGUCACCGUGGGCCGGUAUCGGCCCAUGGGCCUUAGGAUGCCGACCCCUGAUUCUGAUCUGAAGUUGUGUAGGGUUUUGUCAGAGCAAACACCUUCUUCCAUAUAGACCACCUCCUGAAGCAACAGCCAAAAAAAAUGGAGUGCACCAACAGUAAUACAUGUUCAACACACACUAAGAAUCUACCUGUAUAUGGAUGCUUUGGGUGGCUUUUGGCACAAACCAUCUUUUAAUAACAUUUAUACUGAUUUUAAUAGUGUUGUUUUAUUGUUAUUGUUAUCAUGUUCUAACAGGUUUUAUUGUAAAUCACUUUGAGAUGUUUCCUCUCAUACACACAUACAUGCUUUAAUUAACAGAAAUAUAUAAAUUAUUCUGUUAAUUGAAAGCGUGUCACUGUGCAGAGUACUUACAGAGCAACAAGGAAAGACAGAUCCUUGCCCCAUGAGACUUAGAACUCAUGGUAGUUGGAAGGAACUUGAGGUGAUAAGGAUAAGUAGUGGGAUAAUGUACAAGUAUAAAGGCAAUCAAAACCCAUGACACACCAUCCUGUGGGAAUCUUUAUUUUUGCAAUAGCAGAAUAAUCUGGGAAAGGCUGGUGUCCCUCUGCCUUGGAUGCUUUAGUUGAGAUUCCUACGUUGCAGGCGGUUGGGCUAGAUGGCCCUUGGGGUUCCUUCCAACUCCACAAGCUAUUAUUCUAUGAUCUAAAACUAGAUUGAAAGCUCUUUAGCACUGAGACCUGCCUUUCCUUCCCCUGAGGCUUAUAUUUAUGUAACUCAUAACACACCACUUUGCUUAGCUUAGGCUAUACAGUGGUACCUCGGGUUACAUACACUUCAGGUUACAUACUCUGCUAACCCAGAAAUAGUACCUCGGGUUAAGAACUUUGCUUCAGGAUGAGAACAGAAAUCGUACGCUGGUGGCACGGCAGCAGCAGGAGGCCCCAUUAGCUAAAGUGGUGCUUCAGGUUAAGAACAGUUUCAGGUUAAGAAUGGACCUCCGGAACGAAUUAAGUACUUAACCUGAGGUACUACUGUAUAAGUAAGUUGAAACUUACUUUUUUCUUCUGCCAACUCCUUAACUACAAGGUGACAGCUCAGGCUCCUUCUGGAAGUCCUUGCAGCCACCUUAUCUUGCAGGUAUUAUUAAUAUUAUUUUAUUUAUUUUAUCCCACCUUUCUGCAGCUCAAGGAAGCACACAGAAAUAAAAACCAAAACAAAUAAAACACAGAGAGCUAAAACCAUAUAGAAUAUAAUAGUUUAAAAGUAAUGAAACUAUAAUAGGCUAUAUAAGGGAACAAACAGAUAUAUUAAAAUACAUGUAGUGAAAACGGUAAAGGUAAAGGGACUCCGGACCGUUAGGUCCAGUCGUGGACAACUCUGGGAUUGCAGCGCUCAUCUCGCUUUAUUGGCCGAGGGAGCUGGCGUACAGCUUCUGGGUCAUGUGGCCAGCAUGACUAGGCCACUUCUGGUGAGCCAGAGGAGCACACUAUUAAAAGCCUUUUCCUUAAAAGUAAUCAGUUCCCCAUAGUCUCCAGGAAUAAAGUUGCCUUCACCUGCCAGUGCAAGGACAUCAAGGAGGGAGCCAGUCUCCCUGGGAAGGGGGUUCUGAAGUCUGGGGGCAGCCACUGAAAAGGGGCCAUGGAAGGUCAUAGCCCAAAUCCUCCUAGUGGACAAAGGGCAGAGUCCUUGCAACUACAAAUUUUCGGUUUGGAUGCCUACUUUAAUUAUAAGGCUGACUUACAGUUUAGGAUAGUUGACCUACUUAGAUGUGAAGCAUGUAAAACAUUUCAGCUCCCAGAGAGGGCUUGAUUUGCGAGAGAGGGGGAUGCAUUUUGCCCUACAAACAACUGCUGAGCUGGGCGCAGUGGGCCAGGUUAUGUAAUUAUUUUCAGGUGAAUUUCCAAGCGGCAGCAGCUAGAGAUGUGGUAGGUGGAGAAGGAUCUCUGUGGCGGAUGUGAUGGCUUGGAUUUUGCUAUAGGCUCAUAUUUCUGGUCAAACAGUAGAAGAGCAUGUGAUCAUGAUCAUGGAAGGACUUUGAGAACAGUCAAUGGAUCGUCAUGCUCCCUUUGCAGAUGCCAGCCAUUUGCUCCACAAUUUGUAGCACUGCUGAGAGCAGGUUGGGGUGUAUGGACCCUUGCCAUGAGAACAAUGUGCUUGUACCUUGCCCUUUCCAGUAUCCUGGCAUACCUUGGAGAAGAACAAGAAAGUAUGCGUUGUAGCCUUAGACAGAGCUGCUGUUCCAUCACUCAUGUCCCAGGCCCUUUCAGUGCGUGAAGACUCAAUGAGGGAUACAAGCAGUAUACCUGAAGGAGCGUCUCCACCCCCAUCGUUCAGCCCGGACGCUGAGGUCCAGCGCCGAGGGCCUUCUGGUGGUUCCCUCAUUGCGAGAAGCAAAGCUACAGGGAACCAGGCAGAGGGCCUUCUCGGUAGUAGCGCCCGCCCUGUCGAACGCCCUCCCAUCAGAUGUCAAAGCGAUAAACAACUACCUGACAUUCAGAAGACAUCUUAAGGCAGCCCUGUUCAGGGAAGUUUUUAAUGAUAUUUUAGUGUAUUUUUGGUUUCUAUGGAAGCCGCCCAGAGUGGCUGGGGAAACCCAGCCAGAUGGGCGGGGUACAAAUAAUAAAUUAUUAUUAUUAUUAUUUUCCUGGAAAACAAAAUUGUACCUAUGGUAUGUCAGUACAGUGGUACCUCGGGUUAAGAACUUAAUUCCUUCUGGAGGUCUGUUGUUAACCUGAAACUGUUCUUAACCUGAGGUACCACUUUAGUUAAUGGGGCCUCCUGCUGCCGCUGCGCAAUUUUUGUUCUCAUCCUGAAGCAAAGUUCUUAACUCGAGGUACUAUUUCUGGGUUAGCGAAGUCUGUAACCUGAAGCGUCUGUAACCCGAGGUACCACUGUAUCUUUUAUUCCCAUCCCCCUUCCUUGGGCUAAAAGAAGACAGGUCAAAUAUACUAGAGCUCUGAUCCUAACAUAUCCCCAUAAGAUUUGUGCUCCAUUUCAUUUCGGAGUUGCUAUGGAUCUACAGGGAGGUGGUGUUAAUUUUUUUUGACAUCAUUGUGUGUCCCCAAAUAUAGGAAAUAAUAUGUUUCAUUUCAGUAUUUCCUCCUCAGCUAUUUUAGAAGGAAGAUUUAAUAGCAUUUGAAAUAUGAAUCGUGCAUAUCCAUGUGGUAGUGAAGAGUUAGAAAGUGUCCUACAUGAGUUAGUAUUGUGCAGUUUUUAUGAGGUUGAAAAAACUAGACUUUAUUUGUCCUUUGAUUGCUCCCUUCUUUGGAAAGCCUUUAGAGUUGUAUAUAUAUGGCGUUCUUGAUCAUGAAUAAACGGUCAUUAUGUAAGUAAAUUGGUUGGAAAGUUUGUGUUCAAAGCUGCUAAGUUUCACAAGCAACUUCUACAGAAUUGUUAAGGUGGUUUCUUUAAAUUUAAUUAAUGAAAAGCAUAGUGUUUGAAGGGCUUUUCUGUAUUUUGUGUCCCCUCCUCUCCCUUCCACGCUUGGUAGUAUGCAAUAAAAUAUUUGUGUGUUUUUUUAAUUUGAAUGUGGACUAUGAAUAAACCUGAGCACCCAAAGCCUGCCUUGGGUCUGUGUGUGGGAAGCCUUUGCUGGCAUCUGCUUGCCACUCUGGGCCAAGGACACAAGGGGAUGCUGCCAGGAGAUCCAUCUGUCAUUAGUUCCACGUGUGAAGGCUGGGGCAGGCUUCCUGCCUUUGGGUGCUUCAAGUGUGGGCCAUCCAGUGCCCCUGAAGCUCUGAGGCCACGAGGCAGCCGUUUGCAGCGCAGCUCCUUCUGAGUCUCUCCCCACUUCCAUGAGGUAGAUGCCAAAGAUGGACGGUUCAGUUUGCCUAUGACAUGGAGCAAAAGGGGAGCAAAAGCCUUAUGCCACCUUGGAUUUUUUUCCUAUCUUACGAGUUGUGUGCUGUGUGUGAAACAGGGAACAUGGGGAGCUUCCAGUGCAACUCUGGCUUGAAUAAAACUGCUAAAUGUUGUCUGCCCAACCUACUUUGGAAGAGAUCUUGGACGUUGUUGAUAGAAGUCUGUAUGACUCAUGGCAUUCUAUGGGACACUGCCUUUGGCCCGUACCUUGAUCUUGAGAAGUAUAUUAACGGGUAGUGGUAACAAUGCCACAACCUGUGUGUUAUCUGUGUUCAAGCUGUAACUGUGAUUUCCUAACUAACGUAUCACAGAUGGCACGCUUGUUGAUUUACAGGCCAUCAUAAGAAAGCGGGGGGGGGGGGGGAGAGACAGGUCCCAUUCUUGAUUACUCUAAAUUUUGACAGAAGGGGAAGAAGGACACUGCUCAUCAGGGACCCAGGUUCUCAUUUGUGGUUGAGGCAGUGAUUUGGGAAGGGAACUCAAAGAGAGAAGGAGACAGAGGGUGCCCAUAAGAGACACCACUUGAGUUCACCCACAGUCCUAUCAGGGCAAUUUUAUCUGAAGAGAAUGUUGUUCUUGUGGGUGGGGUUUCUUACUUGAUGGAUGCAGCUGGGCGGCUGUCCAAGCAACUUUGGCUGUUAGUCUGGGAUGUCUGUCUCAGGAUGAGCUGGAUUCCUGAAUGUGUCUUCCUGUGCUUCUUCCCCCCCACUCCCCCCGAGCUCCAUGUUGCUUCGUCAGUUUGUCACAACAGGGCCUUCCCACUCCUUGUUUCUGUGUGGUUUUCCUCAAUAAACUCAGCUUAGAGUUUUCUCCUGAAGUAGCUCCCUUAAUCUCAAGAUGCCAGCCUUGCUUGAGAGCAGGGCUUUGGGGCUUGACUGUGCCAUCUGUAUUCUUCCAACUUUUCAGCAGAGAUAAUGAUGAGCUCAAGCAUGUAACUAGAGAUGGAGCUCUGUGGUUACUUUUCUUCCUCUUCUAGAGUGCUUUUAGCAUUAAAAGCUUCAAGAAAGGAAGAAAAAGGACUAAGAUUUGGCUGCUCUCCUGAUUCCUUUCCUGCUGAACUCUUGAGAGCCCACACUAUUGGAAAGGAUGUUCCACGGCUCUCAGUCCUCUAGCAAUACAAGACUUUGACAUCAGUUUCCUGAGUGAAAGCUUUCAUCACCUCAAAGCUCUGCUCAUGGUUAGUGUAUUUAGAUAAUGCAACUGAAUUAUUUUCUUUGGGACCUUUUCAUAUUUUCUGUAUAGAACAGGGUUUGUUUGUUUGUUUGUUUUAAAGUCUAUGAAAUUCUCUGUUGGAUUUUGUUCUGCACAAAGAAGAAUUGGGAGUAGCUGCCUUGGGACUGUUGCCAUGAGGAAAAAAGGAGGGUAGUUUACACUGAUAGAGAAAAAUACAAAACUUAAUAUAUUUUCUUUUUUUAACCAAACUAAGACUUUUUUUUCUAGAUAUAAUAAAAACAUAAAAAGUGGGAGGGGUGAAGAAAGAAAGAUAGAAAAAAGAGUAGAAAAGAAGUGAAAAGAGAAAGAGAAAAAUAUGAUUCAGAAAGUAAAGAACUUCCUAUUCUUCAUCUGUCUACUAUAUAAAUACAAUAUUCACUUCAUCCAAUCCAAUAUAACACCCAACAAAGCUACUUUCUAUAAACAAACAUUAUCUUAAAUCCUCAAAUCCAGGGGUCCUCAAACUUUUUAAACAGCGCCGCCGCCUUCCCUGGGCCUUAUUCCCAAUGGAUGGAGGCACAGGAUCACCGCUGCCCAAUUCCCCAUUACAAGCUCUGAAACGCGCUUGCAACGAGGGUAACCUCCGAGGGGCUUGCUCAUGAGCAAACGAGGCGGGCGUUCGUCUGAUCCGGCCGUGUCGCAGCACCCCUACCUUGGCAGCCGCCUCCUCCACUUGCGGGUCUCCUCGGAGGAGGAGGUGCCUUGCCGAAAGCCCCACAGAGCAGGCUUGUUCCCUGGGAAGGGAGGAGACAAAGGCGAGCCUCUUGCUUGCGCUGCCAGCCCGCCCUCCUUCUCGCUUCCCUUUCUUUGGGGAUUGGGAAAUGCACUACAAAUAAAAUAUGUGCAGUGUACAUAGAAAUUUGUUCAUAUUUUUUUCAAACUAUAGUCCGGCCCCCAACAGUGUCUGAGGGAUAGUGAACUGGCCCCCUGUUUAAAAAGUUUGAGGACCCCUGAUCUAACUCAAUAUUGUCUACUCUGACUGGCAGUGGCUCUUCAGGAGUUUCUCCUAGACCUCCCAGGAGAUAGCAGGGAUUAAAUUUACAUGUGAACAUCAGAUGCUGUACUGCUGAACUUUAGUCCUUUCCUUUACUGCUUUCUUGCACCAGUGCAGAUGUGUCUUUGUUGUACACACUGCUGUGCACAGAGUAGGACUGUUUCGGUGGGUGGUGCUCACCUUGCAGGAUAUCUCACUAGAAAAUCUUCUAGGAGAAAUCUUUGGCUUGGUCUGUGUUGCUUUAUGCUAUCUGACAAGGUUGCAAGUCAUGGUCCCAUUGGUCAUCUAGAGUUGGCUUUGCACUAGCUAAACUAAGAAGCCAUCUUUCUUAACAUUUGUGGCUUCAUAUUUGUCAGUAAAAUUUGUGGAGGGUAUCUCUCUGUGUGUGUGUGUGUGUGUCUGUGUGUGUAUUUAACAUCAAACUACUUUCUACACAGAAGAGUACAUUCAGGAGUUAGAUCCUCUGUCUGCUAGUUGUUAAAAUUUGGAUUGCAUGCACCAGGUGGUUGGGACCUGACUCUUUUAUUUGUUACUCUGUGACUUGCUACAAAUAUGGUGUGUAAAUUAUUGGGAGUUUAUAUAAAUACUGUAUUUAUGCAAGUCUAAUGCACCACAAAGCCUAGGGCUUGCCAAUUGGAAGGUCGGCGCUUCGAAUCCCCGUGAUGGGGUGAGCUCCCCUUGCUCAGUCCCAGCUCCUGCAAACCUAGCAGUUUGAAAGCACGCCAAAAGUGCAAGUAGAUUAAUAGGUACUGCUCUGGCGGGAAGGUAAACGGCGUUUCCGUGCGCUGCUCUGGUUCGCCAGAAGCAGCUUAGUCAUGCUGGCCACAUGACCCAGAAGCUGUAUGCAAACAAACGCCAGCUCCUUUGGCCAGUAAAGCGAAAUGAGCGUCGCAACCCCAGAGUCGUCCGCGACUGGACUUAACUGUCAAGGGUCCUUUUUACCUUUUAAUGCACCAUUGAAUCUAAUGCACACCUGAGUUUUCAGAACCUUGAAACCAAAAAAGGUAUUUGCAGGCAAAUGUAAAUGUGCCUUUGAAUCUAAUGCUCACCUUAAUUUUUGCAACGUAAUUUUGCCAAAAAAGGUGAGCAUUAGAUUCAAGUAAAUACAGGAAUCAUUUUCUCCUGUUGUUUGAGUGUCAUUUUUUUUUUUUUUUAGGGGUGGCUCCUUCCCCUCUCUGUUUUGUGUCUUCUCAAUGCAGCACAGUUCCUGAUCUGCCCAGAUUCCGCAGGCAGCUUUCUGGGUGGACAGGGUGGGUCAGACACUCAUUGCUAAAGCUCAGAGGGCUCAUGAAACAGAGGACGAGAGGCCUGCCAGUGCCGGGGUAAAGCUGGUAAUCCCAGAGGAAUGUCUGUUGAAGUCACUGAGUGACGGGCAGGCAAAUCAUUGAUGUGCCACACCAAGGGCUAAUCAGCACUGCAAACCGAGACUGGUCAAACCAACUUUACAAAAGUCCACAAAAAGCAUUUUGUAGCCUAAUUGUCCACAUAUACCUGCGUGGGCCAUUUGCGGCUUCUCAGGAACCUAAAACAAAGAAAGCAUCCCCAGUUUGCAAAAUCUUCCCUUUGCAGCCUCUCGAGUGCAAUUCUUGCACACCAUGAGUGAGCUGAACCAUCUUGAGUAGCCUGAAUUUCACAGUAAUUUCCUUUUCACAGGGAAUCUUGGGAACUGCAUUACUGUGAGGAUCUCUCAUAACAGGUCUCUGCAUUACAGGUCUCUAUGCAGAGACUUUUCAGCACUUGCCUGAAAGGACAAUUCCCAAGACCCUUUGGAAGAAUGUCAUUGCCAUAGCUUGUAGGAAAUGCUCCACUUCACCUGGUGCCUCUGCAGUAGCACUUGGGAAAUAAGAAGUGAAGGCAUUUCCUACAGGGAACCCUGUUGCCAUCAUGCAGUGAUCAGGAGGGUCACCUGAUAGGCCAUAGUCCUCCCUUAUGUUGGUGCUUCCAGCUGUUGAACAUGUGGCAGCACUGUGCUAGCAUUCUGUUUUUUUGUGACUUGCUGUCCCCUGUAGUUUGCAAGAAGGCUCCGCUAGACAAGGUUCUUCUUAUAGAGAGCUAGAGAUUAUACCUCACUCUAUGCUGUUGCCUCAGGUGUAGAUGCAGCUGAUAGGCACUGGCUGGGUGCCGGUCCUCUAAUAUUCUAGAACACUCCUCCCCACAAAAAACCACCCCUGUCUGGAGGGGGGAAAAGCAGGAAUCAACUAGCUCUGCAGGGCAGCUUUUAAUUCAGCUACUGAUCCGGGGGCAGCAACAGCUCCUUCCAGGCAAGUAGCUUGUCAGAUCCAUCACUCAAGCAGUCUUGUGAUACCCCCCCCCACCCCCACAUAUUUUUAUUGUUGUUAGCCACCCUGAGCCCAGCUUCGGCUGGGGAGGGCGGGAUAUAAAUAAAAUAUAUUAUUAUUAUUAUUAUUAUUAUUAUUAUUAGUUCAGCCAAGGGAGCUGUGUGGUGUCUCCUUUGGCCCAGCUGUUCAUUAGCAAGUUGAACAAAUUUCCAGGAGCUAGUACAGUGGUGCCCCGCAAGACGAAUGCCUCGGAAGACGAAAAACUCGCAAGACGAAAGGGUUUUGCGGUUUUUGAGGUGCUUCGUAAGACGAAUAUCCCUAUGGGCUUGCUUCGCAAGACGAAACGUCUUGCGAGUUUGUUUCCUUUUGAAGCGGGAACCGGGCUGGCAGGGAGCGAGCGAGGGAGCGACCUACCUUUUCCAGAGGGAUCCUAUUCUGGAGAGGGCACAGAGGAGGCAGGUGGGCUGGGAUCCAGCGGAUCUGGCUGGGUCUCUGCGCCGCCUCUGCCUCUGCCUCUCUCUCUCUCUCCCCCUCCCCACGUGGCUGCUCCAUUUUGCCCUAACUGCGCGAAGGCAGGAGGAGGCGGGACAAAGGAGGAGGAGGCAUCCACUGCGCUUGGGCCGCCGCGAAGGCGCCUUUGCGGGGGUGGGAAGAAGCUGGGAGCAGCUGCCGAGACUGUGGGGAGCCCGGCGGCGUGGCGCAAGGUAACGGGGGGAGCAAGGGAGAGUCCGCGCCGGGCGCUCGUGCGUCCGCCCUCGGUUCCUGGGCUCGAACUUCCUUUGGCACCUCGUGGAGAGAGAGGGAGAGGAGCGGGCUGGGGCUUUGAUGUGGGACGCGGUUUGGCGGAGCGAAGACGCGGCAAGGCUUGGCGACAGAGGAAGGGGGGCUGUUUUCGUGGGGAGGUGGGAAGGGGGUGUCUUUGCCUCUUCCCGGCAACAGAUCCUCCAGGCUGGGGAAACUCCUCCUGCUGGGGAGCGACCCGCUUUGUGCUUUGCCCGCUAUCCCAUUAUAAUACAGUACCAGGGUGCAUCCGUGCUUCGCAAGACGAAAAAAUCUGCAAGACGAAGAAACUCGCAGAACGGAUUAAUUUCGUCUUGCGAGGCACCACUGUAUUUUGUCCCAAAUCUAGUGUCUUUGAGAGUUGUUGCUGCUGCUGCUGCUGUUGUUGUUACUAAAUUUAUUACACGCCCUUCAGCAGGAACACCCACAAAAAUUACAACAACUUAACAUUCAGAAUUAAACACAGUGAUGACAAAUUACAGUCACAGGAACAGAGUUGCAUUUGAUUUUCCCUUGAAUAUGAAGUAAUCUCAGGUUUUGCUGCACUUCGUAGGUUGCAGCAAGCUGUGGGCUAAAAUGGAAGUUAUAUUUAAUGCAUGAAGAUUUGAAAUUGCAGUGCUUGUGUAGCGGCAGCUAGAUCUGUGAGAAGCCCAGCAGUCUGUGAUGCAGAUCUGGCAUUGCAGGUAUGAUGUGUUUCUGGCUUCAGCCCAUUACUGGAACAAACCACAGGGGAUGGCGAUGGUUGUCUGGUCCUGCCCAUGAGCUUCCCUGAGGCAAGUGGCCUGCUAUUCUGACAAGACAGGGCUCUGUGCUGGCUGGUGACCUAGCUUGGGGAUACUUAGGUUUGUACAGGGUUGAAUUUCUUGUGGUAAAGCUAAAUUCUUGUUAACUUUUAUUUGUUUAGCUUGCCAUAGGCUUUUGCUUAGAUGUGUAUUCUCUUCUGAUUUUUUUUUUCUAUUUCCAUUUUUCUAGGUGUUUUGUAUUUUCAGUUAUUUCAGGUGUAGCGUUGUGUAGAGAGAGGUAAUGGAGGUUAAGAGCAUAAUAUGGUUUUAUCUGAAUUUUGUUUUGAGGGUUACUAACUACAGAGUACUGAAAUGGGAAGGAGAAGUUGUGAAUUACUGAAAUCUCUUUUGCUACAUGUUGGACACUCGUGGAACUUCAUCAGAUAUAUAUGCAGAUUAAAAAAUAAGAACUGCAAAACAUUUGUGGUAUUGGCCAGAUGCCAUUAUUAUCGAAGUAUUCUGAACAUUGGGUGGAUAUUGGCCACUGUCAGCUUACCCACACCCUUAACUUUUUUAUUUUUUCUCUCUCCCCCAAUCCUUUAUUUCUUACAACUUUCCCAUGUAUUCAGCACAUUUUAGCCUACAUACGACUGGGCACCCUCUGCAAAUCUUUCAUGAAACUUUGAUUUUGGCAGUGGGGAGUAAAGGUAAACUGUAGGCAGAGGUUUUGAAAGCACAAUAGCUUUUAUCGGAAGAAACCUGAUUUUUGUAAUACGCUUUUGACUCCACACACAAAUAGUUUUAGGCAGCACAGAAACGUGACUAAGCGACAAGAAAGAGAAAAUGGCUAAUAGGAAGGAAGGAGCUGCAGGUGUAUCAGUGUGGCCUCUUUAUUGGGCAGUGUAAGCAAGGAGAGUGAGGUUGUUCUGGGGAAGCAAGUUGAGGAAUUGCUGAAGAUGUCACCUUGAAUUCUUUCUGGUGUAUCUCCAUCCAGUUCAAGCACAAGUUCAUAUUAUGGGGAGAAAGCAGAGGCAUCAUCAGAAUGAUAUUGUUCAUGGAGGAGGAAAAAGGCAGAUGGAAGGAACACAUUUUUUUGUGAAAAGGGAAGUGUGUGGGCAAAGUUGAUCCAUGUUCAGAAGGGAAGACUUGGCAAAUAAUGUGGCUACUGGCAGCACACUUCGGGGGGGGGGAUCAAGCAAGAGGCUCUGAAGUUGAAAUGAAGUACAUUGUGGGAUGUUGAUUUUCCUUCCCAGGUAGGAAAUUGUGCUAAAGACUCUGCAGAAAAGCUCUACUUCAGUAGAUAUAUGAAGUGGCUUCAUCCUAGAUAGGAAGAUUGAUAACAUGCAGGCAACUCUGAGGCAAACUUGAUGGUGGGAAGGCUACCUGGAAUUGAAGGGGCUGGGCCCAGUCACCCAUUGGCACUCCUUGUGCAUACACAGCAUCUGAGAUGUGAAGGCCUCAGAAAACAUGGGGGGGGGGCCUUUGGGUGGAGGGACACCCCCCCUCCCAUUGCCCCUGCCAAAGGCAAUUUUCCUGAAGAAUUAAAAAGGGUUUGUAAAAUAUUUCAAAAUGAUGAAAAGAAUGUUUAAGACAAGCCACCCCAAAAUGAUUUCUGAAACUGUGUAGAGGGAAGACUUUUAUGUAAGACUAUCUACAGCAGGCAUAGGCAAACUCAGCCCUCCAGAUGUUUUGGGACUACAGUUCCCAUCAUCACUGACCACUGGUCCUGUUAGCUAGGGAUCAUGGGAGUUGUGUCUCUUGUGCUCUGGUAUGAUUUUGGGAGGGAGGGUGCAGCCAGAAUAUGUUGAUUCUCCCCCCCCCCCCCCGCCGCUUGCUGAGAAUGACUGAGAUAUGGACUUAAAUGGGAGCAGGAACAAAAGACCCGACCAAAAAGAACAAACAGAGAUAUACAGGACUGUUAAAUAAACCAGUCUCUCUUUUUUAAACAUUUCUGCUAUUGCUGUUUCAGUGGGUCAUUCCCUAAUGAGCCAUGAGUGGUCUUGGAGCUGAGUUUGAAUUAUGGACAUAAGAUAUGAAGCCUACAUGCCAUGUUGCAUCACAGCCAUUUUUGUGGCCUCUUGAUGUCUCCUUCUACUAUCCAGACGGGUGAGGCUUCUUAGACAGGCUUGCAACAAAUAUGUGGAAUCUUUUCCCUUCCUUUCCUGCCUUACCCAAGAAGAAAGAAAAGUGUCACGUAUUGCAAUAGAAAAUACUGGAAGCUGCUUUACCGUGGAAGGAUGAACAAGCAGUAUUAAUGAGUUGAUGUUCAUCCUCUUGUAACAUGGCAACCUGCACAGAAUAAGUACAUAGGCAAAGGCCCCCUUUCCUUUUGUCAUCACAACCUGCUUCCUUCAGAUCUUUUCUUUUCUUUUCUUUUCUUUUCUUUUACUUUUCUGCUUUCUUGAGCUCCUUUGCCCUGGCAGACUCAUCUUCUGCAUCCAGAAAGAAAACUUUCCCUUCCCCACUCUACUGGAGUGCUGGUUGUGUUUUUCCAGAGUGAUGACCAUAUUGGCAGCCAAGGAGUAAUUACUUUCCUUUACUUUUCAGACACUAAGUUUUUAAGGAGGGGAACAAAUCCUAUGUUAGAGAGAGGUCUUUUAAAAAGACAGCUAGCUGUGUCUCAGCCAUGCAGCUGCAAUGAAGGAUAUAUUUCUAGUGCUGGAGCAGAGACCUCUCUCAGGUCAUUACUCUGGGAGUGGAAUUGCUUAGAGGUAGUCUGCACAUACCUUUGAACAUAUCCUUCCAGCUAACGAAUAGUCUGCCUCUUGCACCCCAUAUUGCUUAAUCACAGUGGCUUCUCAGUGGUCACAACUCCUGGGUUGCCUGCUUAAAUAUGUUUAAGAGGUGGGAUUUCCUGUUACGGGCAGAGGGAGCUGCACUUGGCACUUCAUGACUUUAUAAUGUUUUACCUGAGGAAUCUUUUAACCUCAGUCCUAGAUUUGUGCUAGCUAGUGCUUAGGUGUGAUUUGGCUUUUGUUUUCUCAGGUGUUUUUCAUUUUACAGUUAGUUGAACAAUCCUUUCUUCCAAGUGGCCAAGGUUUCCAGAUGUAACUUUUAGAGGUGGCACAGAGAUGUCUGGCUUCACGGUUAACAAUGUCCAGUUGACAAGUGCUUGUCAAAAUGGCUAUUAACAGACCAAAGGUGCUAAUUAUGAGGCAGUAAUCUUGUUUUUUGUCUGGUGAAGGGGGGUGGGUUUGUCCUUACACAUCCAUUGGAUUUACUCCAGUCCUGAUUCCCCAGCUAAUAAUAAUAAUAAUAAUAAUAAUAAUAACAACAACAACAACAACCCCGCCCAUCUGGCUGAGUUUUCCCAGCCACUCUGGGUGGCUUCCAACAGAAUUAUUAAAAACAUGAUAACACAUCAAACAUAAAAAACUUCCCUAAACAGGGCUGCCUUCAGAUGCAACAAAUUCAUGAGCCAUGGGUAGGGACCUCAAUCAGUAUUUCAAAUGCUUUUGCUGCAGUAUCCAAGUUCUAAGUAGUAAACAGGUCAAGUGCCUGGGAUUUUUGUUUACUAUGAGGAAAUACUUUUUUUUUUUACUAUGUGGAAAUAACACCCCUCCUCCCUGGUUUAUUUCCAUAGAACCACAUGCAAUAUAAUUCAGAAAGUUGCUCACUAACUCACUAUGCAUUUGAACUCCUCUUAAGAUAGUGUAGCCAAAAUUUGCAUGAUGGUUCCUGAGAUCAAACCACGUUUUUCUCCCUUUUUAAUUAAGAUUGCGGACUGAACCCUUAAAAACUGCAGAGUUUAACCAUUGAUUUCAAAACUGCACUGUUGUUUGUUUGUUUGUUUGUUUGUUUGUUUCUUAGCAUUCCUAAGCAACACCAUGCAUAAGGCUGCUGGUUUACAAUAAUAAAUUAAAAAUCCACUUGUGUUGCUUUGUCACUACUAGUGGGAUUUGGCUCCCUAAGUUGCGUACUGAGAGAGACGUAUGAAUGCAUGUCUUCUUCUGCAAUGGCUGCCCUUAUUUUUUGAAAAACCAUUAACUAGUCAAAUAAGGCACUCUGUGGAGUGUGGUCAGUGCCAGGUAAGUUCCUAAUUAAGAUGGACCAUCCAUCCUGCAUUCUGAUGGACACUUCUGAUUGCUUGGUUGUGAUGCAUGUGAGCAGGGGUGCUGAUCAUGUUUUCAAGUUGUUGAUUUCACUGAGCAAAUGUUCACCACGUAAGUCUUUUGUAGAGCAAAACAGACAGCCUUUUGAAUAAAUUUGCACCGCGCAUUGCAGCACCCUUUUUAUAAGCCUGUAAAUCUAAAGAUCAAGGUUGUAAGACUAAAGAUUAUCAGGGCAGUGAAUCAACAGUAGUCGGGGGUUGCCUGGGAACACUCCUGCCCAGUGAUCUUUGGUGAGGUAUUCUGUGUGGUUUCUUGCCAGUCCCCUGGGCUGUCUGCUUUGCCAACGGCAAAGGGCAAAGUUCCUAGGGCGUGCCAGACCUUCUCUAGCCUGAUUCCAUUCUUCCUGUUCUUGUGUGUAGGAUGCUCCCAUGGGGACUUGUGCCCUGGGUGAUUAAGGAUCAAAGAUCUAAGUGCAGGGUUGUAUACAGAGGCACAUGCAGAAGAUAAAACUGCGAGCAUUUUUUUUAAAAGCAAAGAAUGUUGUGGGUCUGCAAAGGUGUCCUCCCCUUUCAUGAUCUCUGUGCAGUCAUACAUGCAGAGCAACUUCAGAAAAGUCUAGAAUAAUUUUUAUUUCAAUAUUUUCCAAUUAGGAUCAAGUAAAUUCAUCAGUGGCAACAACUUAUUCUGAAAUUUAUAUGGAACAAUAAAGAAAGCGAGAUUAAAAGCAAUAGUUUGAAUAUAACGCACAAAACUUAAACUUUAUCUACUAUAUCUUUUGGGAAAUCUAUUCAAAAAGUAUGGAAGGAAGAUCCCCGCAUGCAAUUAAUUCAUAACUGCAUAUUAACAUUCAAUGAGCCCUUAACUGUGUUAAAGUUAUUUCAGCUUAUCCUGUUAAAAUAGUCUUAAAGUACAAUUAAAAGAAAUGGGACUUGAUAAGAGAAAUGGAGAAACUUGGAUGAGCUUAACAGCUUUCAGUUUUCUUUUGCAAUAGGAGUCCAUCGAUUUUCAGGGCAGUUUCUCGUUAGCAGUAUACUUUACUAAGAACACUGGAAGCAUUGGGGCCGCCUGCCACUUGGUUUUCAGCUCGACAGUUUUAAAGUGACGUUCACCAGCCAAUAAUUCCUAGGUAUUUUUCCUUUUAUCCCCACUGAGCGAUUUCAUUUUUCUCUUUCAAGAAAAGAGAUAGUCGUCGUCGUCGUCUUCUUCUUUUAUUUUUACUCUGCCCACCUGGCUGGGUUGGUCCAGCCACUCUGGGCAGCUUCCAACUAGAGAUGGGAAGUCAUGGGGAAAAACCAGGGAAAUUGGAAAAAAACGGCUUUGGAAGAAAAUGGAAUUUUUCCUCCCCCCCCCCCCCCAGGCCUUCCCAUCUCUACUUCCAAUACAUACAAAAACAUCGCUUUUUACUUUUUCUUAUAAUAGGUAAGAUUAAAUGUUUUUAUAGAAAAAUCUGAUAAUUUUUUUUAAAAAAUGAUAUUUAUUGGAAAUUUUUUUUUAAAUUACAAAAGAGAACAAAGUAGAAAAAGAAAAAAGAAAGAGCAAAGAAAAAAACAAACCACAUCAAACAAUACAAUUUCAAAAAAACAAAAAUACACCACAAACAUUUAAAAACAAAUCCAUUAUUCUCAAAUCCUCAACUGUCAUUACCUUCUUUCUUUGACCUCCUCCUCCUCCCUUUUUUUGUAUCCUAGUUGUUAAUUGUCGCAGCAAAUCCUUUCCAUAUUUCAUAAUAUUCUGUCAUUACCUUAAACUAUUUUAAUCUUAUCUUACUAUAAAAAACCUUAAAACUUAAAACUUAAAUCUUAUUUUUACCAACUUCUCAUAACCAUAGUAUUCUUACGUAAUUCUUUACACAUUUUUUACUAAAGCCAAGUAAUUUCAUUCCAACAUUUUUCUAACAUUCAUCAAUUUUAUAAAACAAUCCUAGUAGUAAAAAAGAAAUAAAAACAACCCAAUCUUCAUCCAGCGUCCCUUCUUCCUGGUCCCGGGUUUUGUCAGUCCUUAUUAUCCCAUCGAUCUAGCGCAUUAACCUGGUAACCUUGUAUCCGAGGCCCUUAAGUCUCUUCCAUGUCCCUUCCGCAGCUCUUCUUCAUAUUUAUAACUGUAUUUUCCCUUGUCUCCUGCUCGUUUCACUCGUGGGAACUCCAGCUUAACAAUGUUUUUGACCCUUCUCGACAGAUCAGCCCCUUUUCCAUAAUCCACACUAAACUCCAUGUGGUAUUUAAGAACAUGUUUCAAAAUCCCUCCAAAAUUAGGAGCCCCCACAACCCCAAACAUCUCACGGCCCAUUGCCAGACUUGAAAAGUCCAAACAUCCCUGCAUAGGCGGGUCUAUCCAGCCCCCCAUUUCCAAACCAAACCAAACUUUUUCUUUCCAAAUCUGGCUUUUUCCAAGUUCAUUUGUCAAAUCCAAAAGCUCAUGUUCCUGUUGGGCCACAGCUCCCUCCAUCUCUGGCGCCCAAGAUUCAGCAACAUCCUCUUCCCUCAUCUGUUCUGUCAGGGCACACUCCUGAUUUAAUUCCUGGGUGGGCUCCAUAUAUUUUCCCACUGCCUGUUCAAAAUUUCCCACUGCCUGUUUAAAAUUUCUGAUCGAAUCAGUCAUCAAAUCCGUCUUCUCAUGUAACUGUUCCAGUAGGGCAUUUGUUUUAUAGAAAGCACACAACAGAGCUUCUGAAUACAUUGUCCCGCAAGGUCAGAAGUCUAUUCCCACGAUUGUAAUCUGUAACAGCUGCAAGCUCCCCGGAGUUGGUUACAGUUUCACAGUCUCCCUCUAGGGGGAAAACUUUUAUUUGUUCUUUCUUUUAAAGGCAAGUCUAGCAACAAAGUUUCCUUUUUCAGAUAUUUUGUCAAUAUUUGUUCUUUAAAAAGCGAAGCGGAACAAUGGAAUCAAUGUUUCUCUUCUUAUAGCUAUCUGUCAAAAACGUUGUCUCUGGUCAAUGAGCUUCAAAAAACGUCAGUCCUAACACCCCGCUCCAGGAUCAGGACGGUGGAAAGUUACUUUACUUUACCCUCACUUCUGCAGGUUUAAACAGUCCGAAAAAAUCCCCCCUCUUCUCCUGCUUCCGAAGGGGGUUCAACAAUUUUAAGUGAUGAAAGUUAAUCUUUUACAGGCGAUUUUCUGAGCUCUAGUUUGCCAUGUCUUUGCUUUAAUUUAUCUACAAAGAAACGGAAGGCUGACUUCCUGUUUAGACCUUCCCGUUUCAGUGCCAAAUUGAGGUAAACUUUUAAGUCCAAUUUUCCUUUCUGCUCACAAGUCCUUAUUUAAAGUCCAAUUGUCUGAGUUUAGGUACUCACGGGUGAUUAUUUUAGAAGCCAAAUUGUCCCAGGAAAAAGGCAGCGCUCUCCGGCAACGGCUGUGCGGCUUCGCUCCACGGAAGAAGCAGUUGACUCUCAGCACCACGCCACUUCCCCCUCUUCGCUUCGGAGCCCGUUAGUGGGUUCCUUUGCGGGUUGGGGGGGCGCUAAGGGUGCCUGCCGAGUCCCAUGGUCACAGGCUUCAUCCGCCUGUGAUUUUUGAAAGGGUCCCCACUUCGCCAUAGUGGAAAAGACCCGUUUCCCGUGGAGCUAGUCCCUCCAGAUCAGAGGGAGUCCGCCAUUGCCGAUGGUGCCACCCCGGAAGUCCGAAAAAUCUGAUAAUAUUGCUCAUGAGUUUCUAAGCAGUUUACUAGACAUAACAAACUUCAGACAGUUUCUUUCAUAAUAGUAUGACUCGAAUAAUAGGAAGCCUCUUCUCACAGAAAAUGUUCUUCAAGAGUAUCCCAAACACCCAGAGAUCCUUAAGUACUGUUGUUGAUCAUCAAGGUUUGUAGAAGCAGCAGCUACACACAGUUACUUGCCUCUCAUGUUUUGUUGCAGCAGAGUCUCUCGAUCAGUGUCUCUCGUCAUGUCUUUUGCAAAGUACAAACAGGUCACUGCUGCAACGGGAAGGCAAAAUCUGGCGGCUCCCUUCUUUCUCUGCUGGGUGUGUGAUCACAGGCUGUGCGAUCCCUGGCUGCUGACUGAGUAUUUAGCAGGAGAGGCUGGGGACUCUUCCCACCUCUGCCUCCGCUUGUCCAGCUGUCCAGCUGCUCCAUAAAGGAACCAGUAGCAGCCAAUGCUGCCAGGAGCUCGUGGAAGCACAGGAGAUAGAGCAGUUAGGCAAGCGGCUCUCGUUCUGGUACACCACACUCCCACCCCACUUCCCAUGGUGAUGGAGAGUGACUUUUUCUAUUGGAACAUCGCCUGCUACAAAUCCAGACCUUGGACUUGCCGUUAUAUUUAGUACCGUCUUUCCAGGGCUUCAGGCAGGGUUCUUUCCCAGCCCUUCCUAGAAGUGCCAGAGAGAUCAUAUGAGUGACAUUAUUGUUUAGUAAUGAAAGAAAAUAAUAUACCGUAUAUACUCGAGUAUAAGCCGACUUUUUCAGCACAUUUUAUAUGCUGUAAAAGCCCCCCUUGGCUUAUACGCAAGCGAGGGUCCCACCUGAGUACAUUUCCAGCGGCAGAGGCUUUCGGGCUUCUUGUUCCUCCUCCGCCGCUGCCGCCACCAGCCUCUGCCUCUCGGCAGCACCCUAGGUAGGCAGGGGGACGGGAGGGGAUGGGGGGGAGAGAGAGAAGCCCCCUCUGCCGUGUGCACAUGCGCGCAUGCACACAUGCACUCCGGCCUACCAGGAGGUUUGUGGUGUGGAGAACCGGCUUAUAUUCAAUAAGUUUUCCCAGUUUUUUGUGGUAAAAUUAGGUGCCUCGGCUUAUAUUCAGGUCGGCUUAUACUCGAGUAUAUACAGUAUAUUUAGUAACAUAAAUGUACACAUUGUGUUUCACAGAGUACAAGAGGGCAGGCUUCUGUGGCAAACGGAUGACACUUUAAAAUGUACAGUAAUUGUUAACAUUUAUUUCUAUACCUCCUUCAGCAAGAAAGGCUCCCAGCAAAGGUUGUCACAAAAAUACAGAAUUCAAAAAUUUAAUACAAAAAUUUUAAGUCAACAAAAUCCUGUUUAACUGUUAUGGUUUCAACAACACCAUUAAGAAAGAGCUAGACAAUUACCGUAUUUUUCGCUCUAUAAGACGUACCAGACCACAAGACGCACCUAAUUUUUGGAGGAGGAAAACAAGAAAAAAAAAUAUUCUGAAUCUCAGAAGCCAGAACAGCAAGUGGGAUCACUGCGCAGUGAAAGCAGCAAUCCCUCUUGCUGUUCUGGCUUCUGGGAUAGCUGCACAGCCUGCAUUCGCUCCAUAAGACGCACACACAUUUCCCCUUACUUUUUAGGAGGGAAAAAGUGAGUCUUAUAGAGCAAAAAAUAUGGUACUUUCACAUAAGCGAGAGACGUUCCUGCCAUCUGGUUUCAUCAUCCUUAUUAGAGCCUGUUGAAAUUAAGUAUGCUGUGCUGCAUCAGUCUAGAUUUCUAGAUUUCUGUCACUUCCUCACCCUUCCUUGCUUCUUGGUCUUGUUGCUGAUUCCUCAGUUCCAGCUGCCGUUUACCUUACAAAGUUGUGCAGUCAGCCAGUAUCCUAAGAAGACGUCCUAUGAGCGACAGCUCAAGUGGAGAGGUUACACAGCAGUUUGAGUAAAGCAUGUGCGUUUGCAUGUUCUCAGGAUCUUCCUUUGCCUCUGAAUGUUGUCUUCUUAAAAAGACCUGUUAUUCACAGGAGGAGGAGCAACACUUUUCUCAUGUGAUGCAUGGAGAGGACUCUCUGCAGAAUGUCUCCAGAUCCAGCUUGCCAGGGAGACUAAGGUCAGUGUGGUUUGUGUGAAAGGGGGGUACUGGAAAGUGUCUUGUGGGUUUGAUGUUACUACAACAAAUUCAUUGGAAGCACACGUUCACUUCUGACGCACCAUUGGAUUUCAAAUGCCGCUCCUUCCUUCCUUCCUUUCUUUCAGAUAUUUGCAACUGUGUUUUUGUGUUUUGUGUGAUAUAAAUGUGUUUUUGUGAUGGAAAGUGCAUUGGGAAUCAAGUGGAAAUAGACAACAAAGAGGGCUGGGCUGGGACAAUAUGUUCAACUACAAGUGUGCCUUUGCAAAUGAGAAUGAUUGUCUGAAUCUGAGAAACUUGCAUUUUCUACAUGGAAAUCAUUUAUGUGGGCAAAAGGUACCCACAAAAAUAUUUAUUGGCAAAGAUGACUCCAAAUAAGAAACUCUUGAUAUUAAAAACAUUGUUAGAAUCCUGUCACCACCCGUCCAUUUCCGUCCAUAUCCAUGUCUGCUUGUUCACCUCCCAUUUGUUGAACUGAGGGGCAGUAACACCUAAUUUUAUUGCUUUUUUAUAGCAUGUUCUUCCUCACGGGUUCUUUGUAA